AUGAACCAUUACGUACAGCCUUUGUAUUCGUAUCCGGUAAGACCGUCGUACCAUAUAUUGUUGUAGUUUACGUAAAAUUAAAUAUCAAACUCUCUAGUAGCCAUGUAUAACACACUGCAUAAAACAAAAAAUCGUUAUAUUAAUCCACAAGUGUAAGUUAAGAUAAGCAAUGUCAACAUCUACCCUUGCUUGACCAAUUCGAGAGCGUACGUUCCCACCUAUAGCACUUACCGCAACCUACCUUCUUGGCACAAUGUGAGAGACUGUGUUAUUGUGAUGUUAACCUUUGUAUAUUACCUAUUAUUCCAGCCUUCCUGUGUGAAUCAGAUGAAGUUCCACCGCUUCCGCUACAACGAACAACCAUUAGUGCAAUACUACAACAAGUACAACUACAACAAUACAAUUCACACGGAUUACAGACCGCGACUUCAGUUCUCGAGCAAUCACGAGCUGAAGACAAGAUAUCACUCGUACCCUGAACCUUACAGACCGUACGAGAUGAAUUACAUGUUCUAA